AUGGCUCCGCUUCCUUACUCAUUCACGAAUGUGUUUCCUGCACAAGUAUGGCGUCCUCCAGACGGGUGCUCUUGUUGUUAAGGAUUCCUUUACUGUCACUACCCAGGUGCCGGUUCAGUGGAAUUAACCGGUAUGUUGUCAAGCAGCAUGAUACCUCCAAACUGUAUCGCCCCAUGAUGACUACUCUGCGUAUGCCAGCAAGGACAAUGUUUAUUCAGACACAGGAAACACCAAACCCCAACAGUCUCAAGUUCAUCCCAGGCUGCUUGGUUCUGCAAUCUGGAACUAUGGACUUUACAAAUUCAAGCACUGCUGUGUGCUCUCCCCUGGCAAGGCAGCUUUUCCGAAUUGAAGGUGUGAAGAGUGUAUUCCUGGGGCCAGACUUUAUCACAAUAACAAAGGUAGAUGAUGAGCACGAAUGGAAGGUAAUCAAACCAGAUGUGUAUGCCACUAUUAUGGAUUUCUUCAGCUCAGGGCUGCCUGUGGUGACUGAGGGAACUCCCAGAAUAGACACAGCUGCUUCAGAAGAUGAUGAUGAGAUUGUUUCCAUGAUCAAAGAGCUUCUAGACACACGAAUAAGACCCACAGUACAAGAAGAUGGAGGAGAUGUUCUUUACCGGGGUUUCAAGGAUGGAAUUGUAAAGCUGGAGAUGCAAGGUUCCUGCACAAGCUGUCCAAGCUCAAUUAUCACCCUGAGAAAUGGUAUCCAGAAUAUGCUGCAGUUCUACAUCCCAGAGGUGGAGGGAGUGGAACAGGUCCGAGAUGAAGAAGAAUCAGAAUAGACAACUCAUCAUGAGAAUUAAGAUUUGUGCAGUUUGCACCCUUGUUUGCAGUUAAACUGUGUGCCUACUGUAUUUACCAUUUAUUUGGUGCCUGCUGCUUAUCACCAGUAACAUGUGAUUCAACGGUUUUUCAAGUUUCUUGCUGUUCCAUUUGAAACACAUCCAACAAAGACUUUACCUGUAAAGCCUCAUGUUCAGCAAAGUAUUCUGGUUGUGUGCCUAAGAAAAUGACUGCACUUUGACCUAGUAAUGGGAAAAAAGAUCACUGGAGCUUAUGAGGAUGGAGCAGUGAAGUACCCGUGUAGACCCAUGUACCUCUGGUUUUAUAAGGGUGUUCUCCAUUUGUCACUUGGCUUGUUUUUCAGAUGUGUGCCUCAAGUAAAUAAUGGACAUGUUUUGUUUAACAUCAUAAACUCUAAAGGCCAAAAUGGCAUCCCAGGAUCACUUGAGUAGGGUGAAUUGUGAUGUAGUGAAAACUACCAAAUGUGAUUUUUUUUUUUUUUUUAAUAUGGUGGUCAUACUUUUUGAAAAUGUAUGGGUAAAAAAAAUACCCAAAUGUGUAUGAAAUAGAA